AUGUUGGUCAGCAAGGCAGUCGAUGAUCCGUCGACCGCCGCAUCCCCAACCCAUGUUGAUUUGAGUUGGCAUCCCAUACGCGAUGUGAUGGCUGUGGCCUCACAUUCUCCUUCCACAGGCGGAUAUGUCAGCUUUGUUACACAUAAGGUGAGCCGACGUUAAGGUUAAGAUUGCGUAAUUGUAGGGUGGAGAUGCCUUUUACACAUUGCCAGCAAGACAGAACGAGAGGCCGCUGAAGUUAUUAUGGCAUCUAACGGAUCCCAAAGUAGCUGUGGGAUGGGAUUCUGGGCGUAUUUCUAUAAUCGAGCCAUUCGAUCAACAUGGUAAUCGUUUUAUGAAGCAUUCUCAGAUCGUUUCAUAACCGAUAUUUUGUAUUAAUUUUAAAAUUUUUAGAGAAAGAAAUCGAGAGUGCAGAAAGGGCAAGUGCUAUCAGAGUUCUGAGCUGGCAUACCGACGGACAGACGUUGAUCUCAGGAGAUGAAGUAGGUUAGAAGCAAACAGUUCAGACAAAAUUUAGGAUGGGAAAAUAUUUUAUCAUACCGGGACCAACCGAAACGAAAAGGUAAACGUGACAAAAAAGAUUGAGCUGGGACAAGGGAUCACUUCUAUUUCGGUGAAACAACUCAAAAGGUAUGCUACUAUUAUGUUUAGAAAGUCUAACUUCAGUAUUGCGAAUGUCAAAGUAAUCAAUUUCAGACAAAAGGAACGCUUGGAUAACAACCAUUCCACCGAUGAAUUAACCGAAAUCCUCAAUGUAAACAGGAGACGCAUGAAAGUAAGAUUAGGAUUCCUACUGUAUUAAUACAAGUUUAGGAGAUAUAUAAAGUGGAAGAAGAGGAAAUGAAUUCCGUUCGGAAUGAAGAUAUGGAGACAGUUUUGAUCGUAACUACCAGUAAAUACCGUGUUUAUUUGAUCAAAGAAAACAAAGAACCUGCUGUUGUGUAUACCGUAGGUCAGAAUAGUUAUGUUACAGUAACCCUUCAUAGACGGACAGUGCUGCGAAAAGAGUGUUGUCCAUGAAGAACAGACCUUAUGUGAUCAUCUUGACCGAAGGAUUGAUGUUUUAUCAACUAGUCUUUGAAAAUGAGACUGUAAAAGACAAGAUUAAAGUAAGGCGAUACCUUUGUAAUAUUUACAUUUAUGGCUUUCUAGGUUAAAUUGUCAGGCCGUCGGGAGUUUUUUGAUGCCAUCCAAGUGGAUUCGGACACUGUAGCCAUCUGUUACGGUGACCGAGAAAUCAGAAUCUGGAAUUUACAAUCAGAAGACAGUGCCGUUUACAGAAUCGAUCAGGAAAAGGGAUAUCAGGGAACAGAGAAUGUGGUCUCGUUAAGCUACUGUAACAAAAAGAGUAAGUCUUUACUCCUGUGCGUCAUUUUAAAAUGUAGACUGCAUCUCCGGGGGAACUUUAAAUGGGAAAGUGGCAACCUGGAAGAGGCACAAGGAAACCUACGAGAUCUCAGUGGAUCAGCAGUGGAGAUUACAACCUUCUCUAUCAGUUGGAACUAAGGUAUGGUCAGCAUCAUGAUAAUUACGUUUUAGGUGGUCUCCAUGGCCUGGUCGAACUCAUCUCCCACAUUGGCUGUCAAUUCUGGUGAUUCGGUUCAAAUAUUUCGGACUCAAGGUGUGGAAUAUCACGUCAACAAAGAUGUGAGUGUUAAAACCUAUUAUAGGCUCUAUUUUGAAUAUAUGAUUGCAAACCGCUUGCAUAAUUCAUCUGUUUGUAGUUUGCCGUUGUCCAAACGAGUCCUCAAAUCGUAUCUUUGGUCAAAAUCACCGAGCCCAUCGAAAGUCAAGAAGUUCAAUUUUCUUAUGCCCUUAGGGGAUUAAGACUGGGCGGGGGAAAUUUGAUCACAUGGGAUGACAGUCAGGUAGUUGCUUAUAUGGAUCUCCAUCUUAUUAAUAGGUGUACGUGAAUCAAAUAAUCAACUCUGAAAGCGCGCCCAUUGAAAUCAAACAGACUUCUCUGUUCAAGGCAUCUGUAAAUGAUGCUUUAUGUUACAAUCAACAAUUGUAUUCUGUUGAGAGUGGUCAAUUGUGUGUCCGGACGUUGCAAGGGACGUUGAAGAAGACGCUGACUUUUAGAGAAGUUGAAGGGGAGGUGCAGAUCAUUGAUAUGAACUCUAAAUGGCUCUGUGUGGGAUCCAGUCAGGCCUAUAUUCGAAUAUAUAACAUGGAUGAUAGGUCGGUUUCUCCUGUUUUAAUUUACAGUAGUACUUUGUUUACAGUAACCUGAAACAAAUUUAUCAAUCAAAUCAGUUGAGCAUGAAUAUUGAGGACUUUGAGAGAUUUGUGAAUAUUCGAAUAAACAGCCUCGGAAAUCGAGUCAGCAUUACAAUGAAAAGGAAGGAUUCCGUCGACGAGAGGCUCUUUAUCUGGGACGCCGAAGCUGAUUUGUUGGGUUAUUUUUCUUUCGUCGACGGUCUAACUGAUGCCCAACAGUAUGAGAGCAAAUUGGAGGAGAAUAACCAAGACGAUCGGCCCAAAACUGCUGCCGCCAAGUCAGUUCUAGUCUGUUUGCAGUAGUAUUUUGUAAUUUUUAGACGAAUAGAAAGAUAUCAGAGCAGAUAUCGAAUGCCCGAUUACUUACCGGGUAACCAUUACUGGGAUCAAACUGAGGGCCGUUUCUUGGUCUGUGAAGCCGUUCGGAUUGAUUCGGAUGACGUAAGUGAUAAAGGGAAGUUACACAUUUCGUUGCAGUCAAACAAUGUGCUUUUGUCGUUAUUCGUGACCUCCGAGAACGGAAUCCAAGUUAACGACAUCCAAUCCAAGUCUAUAAAAGCCGAUCAGAUGAUCUAUCUACAAGUCCCUUACAUUUUUUUCCUUAAGAAUGUACGUUUAAAAUGAUGGGUUACUGUAGUUUGACCUCAUUGACUAGCAGCCGAUUACUGUAAUAUUGCAAAAUGCAGAUUGAAGUGGAUGAGGAGGAUGACAUCGGCAUAGAAAGAAGUCUUUCCCGAUUAAUAAUCCGCCGUUCUCUCCGAGAAUUUGUGGGAAUCGAGGCCACGGAUAACGAGGCGAUUGAAGCCAUGCUCAACUUUAGUUACUAUUUGUGUGCAGAGCAAAUGGAUAAUGCCUUUAAAGCGAUCAAGUUCAUCAAGAAUGACUCGGUCUGGGAUCACAUGGCCCGAAUGUGUGUGAAAACAAGAAGAAUGGAUGUGGCCAUCGUAUGUUUGGGACACAUGAAAAGAGCGAGGAGUGUGAGAGCGUUAAAGGAAUCCAUUGCCCGAGGGGACAGCACGGAAUUACAAGCGGCCGUCCUGGCCAUGGAACUGGACAUGAUUGUAAGUUUGAAAGGCAGAUGUUAGUUUAGAAGACAAGAGAUUUAGUCACAUUUUAAAUACAUUUUUAUUUUAGGACGAGGCGGUCAGCAUCUACAUAAACCAAGGUCGAUACGAUCUUUUGAACAAAUUGUAUCAAUGCCAAAACAAGUGGAAUGAAGCCUUUGAGAUUGCAAAAAAGCAUGAUCGAAUCCAUUUGAGGAACACUCAUUUCAAUUACGCCAGUUAUUUGGAGAGUAUCGGAGAGAUUGAGCAAGCCAUUGAGAAGUAACUUGUCUUAAUUUUACAAUCAUUUUUUUAGUUAUGAAAAAGCCCAAACCCAUCACUCUGAAGUCCCGCGAAUGCUGAGUGAGGAGCCAAAAGCAGUGGAUUUGUAUAUUAAAAGGAAAAGAGAGAGGUAGGGUCAAGACAUGUUGUAGUAGACAUUUUAAUUAAUUAUAACGUUGAGUGUUGCAGGGAACUGUAUUUGUGGUGGGCCAGGUACUUAGAGAGUGUCAGCGAUCUGGAAGGAGCAAGGAAUUACUACAAGUACGCAAAUGAUCACCUCUCGGUUGUCCGAAUAUACUGUUAUCAUGAUCGUAUUGACGAGGCCGUUGAUACUGUAAACAAAACUGAUGACAGAGCUGCCGCCUUCCAUUUGGCUCGCUAUUUUGAGAGCAAAGGAGAUGUAGAGAAAGCUGUGAAAUAUUUUGGAAAGGCCUCUAGUUACAGUAGUGCCAUCAGAUUGGCCAAAGAGCACGGACUCAACGAUCAAUUGGCAAACUUUGCUUUACAUGCCGGGGAGAAUGAGCAAAUAGAAACCGCCAAGUAUUAUGAACAACAACCAGGUCAUGUGGAUAAGGCUGUCAUGUUGUACCAUAAGGUAUGGCAACGAAAAGGAUAGUGUAAUUGCUAUUACAGGCAGGCCAAGUGGGGAAAGCGUUGGAUUUGGCCUUCCGAACCGAACAAAUCAGCGCCUUGGAUCCGAUAAUUCGAGAUUUGGGACCCAAUUCAGACCCAAAUGUGCUCGAACGAGCCGCCCAUUUCUUUGCGCAGAACCAACGAGAAAACGAGGCCGUUCAGCUGCUUGUUUACGCCAAGAAAUUUCAGGAGGCAGUCGAUUUAUGUUUGCAAACUAAUGUCAUCAUCGAUGAAAACUUGGCCGAAAUCUUGACACCACCGAAAACCGGUAAGUGCAUAUUCAAAUCUUUUUCGGACAGCAAUUUUUAUCUUACUAUCAUUUACUAAUUUAGAUCCAAAUCGACAAAAUUUGUUGAUUGAAUUGGCCAAGGUCUGUAUGCAGCAAGGGAAUUAUCAUUAUGCCGCCAAAAAAUACACACAGGCUGGGAAGAAGCUGGAAGUAAGUAAAAAAUUUAUUAAAAUUUAUAUACCAUCUCCUCAUUCAGGCAAUGAAGGCACUUCUCCGAUCAGGUGACACCCCCAAAAUCAUCUUAUAUGCGAAUACGGCCAAGAAUAAGGACAUUUACAGAAUGGUCGGCAAUUUCUUGCAGAGUUUGGAUUGGAAGGAGGACGCCACAUUAAUGAGGCAGAUCGAGAAUUUUUAUAUCAAAGCGAAUGCGAUGGAUUCAUUGGCCGCGUUUUACGAAUCAUGUGGCCAGCUGGAAAUUGACGACUAUAGAGAUUACGAUAAAGCGAUUACUGCUUACAACGAAGCAGUUAGAUGCUGGAAUCGGAAAGGUGACAAGGAUGGAGAUCUGGAUGAAAAAGAAACUAAAAUGAGAGAUAGGAUCAAGAAAAAGAUCACAAGGAUUAAGACUUUCAUUGAGACAAAAGAGUAAGUUUGGCAUGGAUAUCGUUAUCUUAUAUUAGGCACAAGUAAAACGGUUAUGAUUGAAAUUUUAGAACUUAUGAAAAAGACCCCGGAGAAGCCCUAAGGCGAUUAACCGAGAUGUCCGAACAACCAGAGAUCGAUGGAGAUGUCAGAUUGGGUGACAUCUAUGCUCUUUUAAUUGCACAUAACGUCAAACGGGAGAAUUGGAAAAAAGUUUGUAUUAAAAUGAAGAUCUUGUAAAAAUUACAGGCAUAUCAACUGGUCCAACAAUAUCAGUCCAAGAAGACAAGCAGGGAUAUCACCGACUAUCUGAGCAUGCCAAUUCUGGAUGAGAUUUGUGACCAUAAUGAUGCCCCGAGAUUCAAAACAGUGGAUGAAAAGGUGGAUGAAAUUGAUGACACCAUCGAAUACAGUCAUGCGCUUAGGCGAAAAAUGUCUCAUCAAUCAGAAAAUGAUCUUUCUGAUUGA